GGUCUAUAACGUUAGCCAAUUCUUGGUGGGUAACAUAAGAUUGCGACAUCGUUCAACACGCUCAGUUAUUUUUAGUAUGAUUGGUUAACAAUUCUGGGCUAACCAACGAAUUCAACAGUAAUGUUAACUGUAUAUUAGGACGACUAAUCUACGUAAUGGUAAUUUAGCCAGCUAGCACACCCAUGUCUGUCUGCCUCACUCUCCCGGCGCUGCAAAGCUUCAGUGACAUCCACAGUCAGCCCCCAGCCAGCUAGCAGCCAGCCACUAUCAUUACAGCAAUCCAAACCUGGUCAGCACUUAACUCCGGUGCUAAGGACGCUAACGGCAGUUUACUGCACCAUCGGGAAACAGACCCAGACACCCGAAUCAGAACAGUGGCUAUUCGUAACGUUACACCUCCUCUUUACAGUUAGCUAAAUCUAAUGUGAGUUCAGAUGGUGAUAUACAGUACCUAGGAUAGUACAUAUUGGUUCAAGUGCCUGUUUGAUUUUAAAUUACAAAACUGUGGAUUUUAAUGAAGUUUGGUAGAGGCCCGUUACGAAAGAGGAAUAAUGAAUAUACUGUCUAUUGUGAAAUGUGGUUCUACUAAUUCUGAUAACUUUUCCUUGAAAUGUAAACAUUCUGUUGCUCUUUUGUAACUCAGUGACCUCAGCUUCCUAUUCUAUUCUUACUUUCUUUCCUCUUGUACUGCUGACCAGAGUGACUAUAUAUAUUAAGGAACAUGUUUAAGUGCACUUGACAGAAAAGGUUCUGACUUUGGUAUUUUCAAAAAAGAGCUUCAGUUCUCAGUGUGGACAUGUGUUUUGCUUAGUCUGGAUCACCAUACAAGCAAAAGGAAGUUGUACAGAUUCCUGAUUUUCUCUCCAGAGUACAGCUGAAAGUGUGACUUAUGAGAAAAAAUCCUAACAAAUAAAGAGGACUUUUCUUACUUGUCUUGAUAAAGGCCUGCCACACUCAGAUACUGAAACAAGUGUUUAGUAAAGUAAUUUCUUACGAAUACAAACAUUCUGAGUGCAUGUAAGGCAUGUCUGAUCUGGCCACCGUGACUCAAGAUUACCAGAAGGCAGCCUCUCCACUUCCUGCAUUGAAGUCCACAUGGAUUUCACAAUAACUAUGAGCUCAAACAGCAAAUGGAUUUCCAAGGCAUUGUAUCAUUGGCUACUUUUAAAGGGAGUGUUUACUGCAGGGCGUAACUUGACACUGUAACUCUUUCAGUUUUAUUCUUACCCCUUAUUUCCUUCACAUUAAAUUCAUUCCGUGUGCAAGAUCCAUGACAACCAGUCAGACAUCCUCAUGUAUGAAGUGUAAUAAGUGGACGUUUCGGAUGUCUUGUCUAUGAUGACAGCACUAAGUCAAUGAGGGCUUGCUGACAAGUUUAUAUUAAAGGAAUAACAGCUGAUCCCAAAUGGUCCUUGUAAAGGGGAUUAUGAUGAUCCCAUGGUUAUUACUGGUCUCACUGUUCUGCAAGAGCACACAGGAUGGAAAUGGCCAAGAAAGUGGUGUCCUGCAUUGUGGAGCUCAGAAUCUGAAACUAACCAACUCCAGUCAGAUGAUCCUGUUAACAUGGGAAGACACGCCUUCAUGCUCUGCAGUACAGGAUGUGCUGAUCUAUGAGCUGGAGGUUCUCAUAGCGGACAAGAAAGAACAUUAUGAUGAAGUUGCUGUGACACCUGACCAGAUAGGAUCUUCUCACUCCUGGAACUGGACGUCAUAUUUGGCAUUGGAGUGUGCUUCCCAUUCAGUGAGGCUCAGGUCCCGAUACAAAAACCACACAAGCCAAUGGAAUCAAGAGACUCUUCCUGGGCUUGAAACAUCAAAAGCUGAGGUUUAUCCAAAGGACAAACACUUCCAGGUUGGCAGUACAGCCACCUUCUGCUGCGUUCUGCCUGCGGGGGACGUUUUUGACAAAAUGUCUCUGACUGAGUAUAGUAGUGCUGAUAUGAACACUACCAGGAUCAGCAAUCAGACCUAUGCCUUGACCGUCCACCUGAACCAGGCAUCAAAAUACAGUUGCACUGAUGUAAAAUGUGAACUGAAUCCUGAUGUUGGGGCUUGUGCUUAUAUUGGCUACCCACCUAAUGUCACGGACCUUCAAUGUGAAACCCGAGAUCUGCAAUCAGUCGAUUGCCACUGGACGGAUAAAGACUCAAGCCUACCCUUUAAGAGUGUAACAGAGUAUCAUCUACUUGAAAGUCCGACAAUCUGUGCAAAGUGGCCUGAGACGAGAUGCUCUCAAGAAGUGCGAGUCGACGCUCGCGAGAGAAACUGGACGUUAACAGCAAGUAAUCCUUUGGGCGAGGUGAAGCUUUCCGACACUGCAGACCUGACUAAAAGAGUGCACAUGUUCCCUCCUGAGGGAGUGACAGUUUUGAGUGUGAAUGCCAGAAAUGUCAGCCUGGAGUGGAAGUGGACGGUGCAACAGUACUAUAAUCUCAGUUUAAUAUGCCAAGUGAACAUUAAUAACCACGGUGAAAACACCAUAAGUGAAUACUUUGGAGUUGGUCUUAACUUUGCAGUUUUGAAUGAUCUGAUACCAAAUUGGACAUAUAAUGUGGCAAUACGAUGCAGAACAGCACAACAUUUCUGGAAAUGGAGCAGCUGGAGCACAAAUGUCAACUUCCAUACAAAGGGUGAUGUUCCAGAUGCUCUUGAUGUGUGGAUGCAGGUGAUGGACAACCAAAUUAUAACCAUCUGGAAGAUGCCACUGGCCAACCAGAGUCAUGGACACAUCGAAGACUAUGAAGUGACCUGGACCAAGACCACGGAGAGAGAGCGACAAAAUAGGACCAAAGUGGCUCCCAACAAUUUCAGUCUUGCCCUCAGUCUGGACACCACUGUCGGGCAUAUCGUCACAGUUACAGCUAGGAAUAUAAACGGCAGUUCAGCCCCAUCAACCAUCACCAUCCCCAGCUCCAAUCCAGACGGAACCAGAGUGAACACUUCUUUGAUCAUUGGCAGCAACGGUAGCUUCAACCUGUCCUGGUCUGCCAGUCCAACAGCCAGCUGUGGCUACAUAGUGGACUGGUGUCCUACCUUAGGAAAUUGCACUGUUGGGUGGCUGAAAGUGUCUCCCAAUCAGACUAAUGCCAGUAUACUUUCAAAAAACUUCAAAGAUGGACUGAGAUACACUUUGUCAGUAUAUGCCUGCACCCAGGAAGCUCCAGUGCUACUACAAAGAAGAGAGGGCUAUGUCAGAGAGAAAAAAAUACAAGACGGCCUGUUUAAAUCAGUCAAGGGGCAACAGCAGGAUUGGGAUUACGAGGUAUCCUGGGAGCCUAUAUCUCGAAGAGAGCAGACUGCUUUUAUCCAAGGCUAUGUCCUGUAUUGUUUGGACAACAACAACAACAAAGUCAUCAACUUCAGCACAGACAAUCCUGAAGCCACUAGCCUGACAGCAAGAAACCUUAAAAAUGGUUCCUACAUAUUCACAGUAAAGGCACGGACAGCAGUUGGAGAAUGUGGCGCUACAUCCAUCACUGCCACCUUGAAUUUACUGACUGAUAACUUGAUAGGGACAGUCUUCAUUUCCCUGGCUGCUGUUUUUGGUCUCCUUUCCCUCAUCACUAUUGUUUGCUACAGACACUGGACAUGUAUCAAAGAUACGGUCUAUCCUCCUAUCCCAAAGCCAGUGUUGACAUCAACGGGUGAACAUGGAUGUCGUAAUUUUCAGGUGGAUCAGUGUCACUAUAGUGAAGCCGAUAUCAUGGAUGUUCCGGAACUGUAUUGUAGAGCAGGAACACCAAUAAAUGGUUUUGUCAGCCAGGAGAACAUGCCAUUUGUUUUUUCACAAACUCCAAAGGGUUACUACAACCAGCCCCUGAAAAAGUUCACCCCACCACCCCUCACUUUACCAUCUACAGCCAUCCCAUCUCAGCCAGGGUUACCAUCUUCUCCAUUUAGAAGGGAAUUUCCUAAUGCGUCAUACAACCUGAUAAUGCAGCCUGGGAAUCAGCAGUCCAACUUCUGUCCUGAGCUUCAGGAGGGAACGUCUUUAGAGAGAAGCUCCGAUGGAUACCAGCCUCAUGGUCACCCGGAAACCUUCGCUACAAACCAGACAGAAGAAGAUCCAGACAGUCCUAUGUCCUGUGUCUCCACUUACAUAUUGUUACCACAGUCAUCUUCCAGAUAGCUUCUGCAUGCAAUGCCGGUAUGGUAAGUUAUAAGUAAGGUAGCCAGAAAAGAGAAAUUGAACACAGAUUUAGUGAAACACAUAAUUUUUAUUAUGUGUAUGCAUUUACACAAUUCAUUGUUUUUUUUAAGCAAAGUUUUAGCAAUCUCUAGGAAUGGAAAUAUCUUUAUGUCCACCACUCAGCUCUAUACUGAAAUAGCUCAGCUAGUGGGUGGAUUGCUAUGAAAUUCGUAACAGACAUUAAAGGUCCCUUGUCGCUAAAUCCUACUGACUUCGGUGAUCCCUUCACCCCUCAUGUAGAGCCACCAUGAGGUCGACGUUGGUUUUCAUUGAAAAAUGUCGACAACCAUUCUAUGGAUUGCCAUGAAAUUUGUUACGGACAUUCAUGAUCCCAGAGAACGAGUUAUAACAACUUUGAUGACUUUUCAUCUAGCGCCAUCAUCAGGUAACAAUUUAGAUUUCUCCAUUACUUUGCUUCAUGACGAAAUACCUGCAACACUAUUGACAUUACCAUCAGCCUCAGCUGUACUUUGUGUUUAGUGCUGAUUAACAAAUGUUAGCAUUCUAACACACAUAAUACAAAACAGAAUCUGCCUUCAAGUUCGGUCGGAAAAGUCAAAAUCUAUAAACGAUCUGACAGAAAAUAGUAAUUGUGAAAUAUUUGUGUUUUGUUGGGGGAUUCAAGAACACAACAGGAUGUCACACAAAUAGGCUGUUUCAUUGACACUCCCCCCGCCAGACUACCGUGCAACAAAUCGCCAGAUCGCUUGUCUUGGUGUAAAAGCAUACUAAAAGCCCUGAACACCCACACUGGUGUUUUUAAUUCAUGUGGUUGAUUGGACCUCUUCCCAGGACUGGGUGGGUGUGUCUAGACUAGGGUUGGGUAUCGUUUGGUUUUUUUCCGAUACCGGUGCUAAAAUGAUACUUUUAAAACGGUGCCGGUGCCUAAACGAUGCCUGAACCAGUACCUGAACCGGUACCUGAACCGAAAUAUAUAUAAUAUGAAAUAUAAAAAAACGAGCACAAAACGACAGUUGGUGACAUUAAAGAACGGCUUGUUU